AUGAAUAACGUUCCGGAUUCCCGAAAAAAAAUUCAACGACCCAAAUAUCAGCUAAGAGAGAUUGAAGUUCUCAUAAUCUCAGCUCAAGACCUCAAGAACGUGAAGCACUUGACCCAAAUGAAAGCAUACGCAGUGGUCUACGUGGAAAAGGACGUCCACGUCGCCAAAACCCACGUAGACGAGCACGGAGGGACCAACCCCGCUUGGAACGAGGUGAUGAAGGUGAAGUUCCACGCGAAGCUGGCGGAGAAUGAUGUGUUGGCGGCGGUGAACGUCGACAUAUACGCGCAUGGCCACGUGAGGGAGAAGCCAGUGGGGAGUGCGAGGGUUUUGCUUUGCGAUGUGUUGAAAGGAGGGGAUGCUUCUGAGCCGGCCGAUAACCCAAUUCGAUGCUUGACGGUGCAGGUUUGGAGGAGUUUGGGUAGGCCACAAGGGUUGCUUAACCUGUGGGUUCCGCCGACUGGGAGGUUCUUGAUGAGGAGAGAGUCUCUAUCGUUUAGCGUGAAGGAGGUGGACGAAGAAGAAAUGGCGGACAGAGAGGUGGUGAAGGCGCUCGGAGGAGGUGGAACGGUAGAGAGGAUGGGUGAGUAG